AUGACACGACGAAUACCGUGCUCUGUAGUACGUCGUGAAGAUGACACGAUGAAUACCGAGCUCUGUAAGGAGCGCUCAUGCGCACUGCAAGAUGGAGCCAAAGUUGAACUGUUCGCCGUCACCGACGAUUGUCCUGAGGCCAAACUGUGCUCCAUUGGAGGAUUAGUUGCCAUCCCGAUGUCAGAAACUUCUUCCCUGAUGGAGUGCUGCCCAAGCUCCUCCUAUGUGGACGGCCUUGGCUGCGUCCUAACUCAGCUGACGCCUUCCGUCAACUUCUGCAAGGCGCAGAAGUUUUGCAGGUCGCGAGGCGCAGAGAUUUUCUCUGCGAAAACUCCAGCGGCUUUCAAAACACUCCGAUCACAACUCAACGACCAAUAUUCAGGAAGUCACAGUUUCUGGAUGCGCGUGGUGCGGGAUUCUAGGGAUGGGUUCGAGUGGGAUCUGAGCUACAACAACCGAAAAAUCACGAAGCCUGAGUGGGCAAACAACGCUCCCAGCAACUCUGCGUCAAACGCCUGCGUCCGAGCAAACGGCGCCGACGAUUAUUUGCUGCGUGACUUUCCUUGUGAUUCUGAGGGAGAGGUUCUCUGCAUCUACAAACGCACUUUUCCUAAAUGCUAA